AUGUGUCUAAAGAUUCUGGUUAUAAGUCGAAAUGAACUCGAUAUCUCAGAAGCAUUUAAAUGCCGUGCUAUUCCUACCAUUCAAAUGGGAACUGAAAACGUUUCAAAGGAUAUUGAAAUUUUCAUUCGUGGCGAAACGAAUCGAUUGAUUCAAAAGAACAAGCUACGGAUAUACAGUUCAGAGUUGAAAGAGAAAGUUGUCGAAAGGUUGACUUCGGAGGCUGAUGGCAUGUUCCUAUGGCCGAGACUUCAGCUUGACACGAUAUGCCGAGAGAGGAGCGAACAAGACGUCGAGAAAUGCCUCAAAAAUCUACCGCGGCACUUAGAUGAGACGUACUCUCGGAUGAUUCGACAAAUAAACGAGCAGUCAGACUCUCUAAGAACACUCGCGUAUAAGACGAUCAUGUGGGUGUUGCAUGCUGCACGGCCUCUCAGAAUAACCGAAUUGCGACAUGCUACCGCCAUCGGGGACUCGGGAAGGACUUGGAAAGACCUCCGUCCUUACGAUGCAGACGUGAUCAUUGACGCUUGUGCAAACUUCCUCGUUGAAGAGAACUUAACUAUUCGACUCGUUCACUACUCAGCAAACGAGUACCUCAAAGCCUCAUUUCAUCAUUCACAACUGACAGAUGCACUGGACCCAAGUUAUGCGCAUACACAGCUCUCUUUUGCUUGCAUUCGCUACCUGCUUUUGGAUUUUCCAAAAGAGGGGCCAUGUCAAAGCCCGAAAGAACUAUACCGAACUAUUCAGAGAUACACGUUCUGUUUUUAUGCUUCAAAUUUCUUUGACUUUCAUUUGAAAGAAAUGCUGAAUAUUCAUGACGAUAUCGUUAAGUUGAUAAACAAGUUUUUCUCCCUUGGAAACGGCGCAAUAGCAGCGGUGUUGCAGAUCCGAAGGUUGUCGAAUGCUUUCGAUCACGCUCAGGUUGAAUGGGAUUUCGACCGAACCCGCUAUUCUGUCACUCCGGCAACUAUCCUUUUUGCCACUCGCCUAUGUGAAGUCCCUUGGGUAGCGAAAAGAGCACGGUGGCCAAAGCCAGGCCCCCCGAAAGCUCCCACAAGGGCUACGAUACACGAAGCUGCUAGGGCCGGAGAAGUUGAGGCGACGAAGCACUUAUUCAAACAAGGGAAAAGCGCGAACGAUCUGGACGAGAAUGGCGCAGAACCACUAUACUACGCCUGUCUCAACGGACAACAGCCCGUUGCAACCUUUCUCGUUUUCAAGGGCGCUAACGUCAAUCAUCAAAGCGGAUCCUUCGACAAGGGCAGCCCAUUGCACAUCGCAGCUCUUGGGGGCUAUCUUCAGAUAGUCGAGAUGCUGCUCCAUAACGGAGCGGAACCUAAU